UUGUUGUUAACAGAGUGCUAUCACUCGACACAAGUGAGUGUUCUUAACACAUCUGAUCCUUGAAUAGCCCCGUGCAGAGAUCCUUUUGGAAGUUCAACAUUUGAAUAUCUGAUAGAAGGUUGUAAUAAGGGAGUUUGGGAUGUCUUUGAGGCUUGUGCUGGACUUUUGUUUGCACAGGAGGGUGUCAAAAUUUUUCAGCAUAAUGUUUUUUAUUAUAGAAUCUGUCUCAAUGAUUAAUUCCUGCAAUGAAUCAAUAAUGAGCGGAGCAACUACUACACAAGGUCCGUCAGGAAUGUAUUAUUUAGCUGAUGCAAUUGAUAUGAUGAAAGCUGUAAAUAAGCAGCUCACUACCGAAAACCUCAGCACAGUUUUAAGAUCUGUAGAAACACUAGAAUGUAUUCUGGAAAAGACUGUUUACAAUAACACAAGGACCUCAAUCAUUGCUGGGAGUCUUGUGGCCCACUUAUUCAGGGCCGUGAGUAACUUCAGUGGUGCUAUUAUUUCUGCUAGUAAUGAAAUGGUUGAAUCAGAUGGUGUCCCUAUAAACAACAGUAUUGUCACAGUCAACCUGCCUAAAGAGCUUCUGAAACCUAUAACGAACACUACCAUCGUCUUUUGCAUGAUUACGUCACCCAAACUAUAUGAGAAAUUAUGGGUUCUUGAUGGCCGUUUAGUAGGGUUGAGUGUUAGCAACCAGAAAGUGUCAGGUCUACAAGACAGGGUCAACAUCUCCAUGCUUCUACAGCACCACACUGUGGAAAAUAAGGGAGACAGACAACCAUCUUGUCAAUUCUUCAAUUUUUCAUCCUCCACGUUCCACCGGGAUGGCUGCACUACUGAGUGGAAGAAGGAAGAGGGCAUUGUGGUGUGCUCCUGUGACCACCUCACAUACUUCGCUGUGCUCAUGAUGUCUCCCUCCAUCUCCAAAAAGGAUCAGGAGAUCCUGGGAUACAUCACUGUGAUUGGUUGCAGUCUGUCUCUGUUCUUCCUGUUGGUCACAGUCAUCCUGUACACCUCUGAAAGAUGUGCAGGCACAGAUGUCUCCCACAAAGUGCACAUCAACCUGGCUGUGGCCUUGAUCCUUCUCAAUGUGCACUUCCUGCCGAGCCAGCAGGUGGCAACAUUGUCCUCCACUGGGCCAUGCAUCUACAUUGCUGUCCUCCUGCAUUACUCUCUAAUGGCCACAUUUACCUGGACAGCAAUCGAAGGCUUCCAUCUUUACUUAUUGCUGGUCCGCGUCUUCAACAUCUAUGUCAGGAGAUAUCUGCUUAAACUGAGCCUAGUAGGAUGGGGAUUCCCUGCUGUCAUUGUCAUCCUGAUUGUCAUAAUUGACAAAAACCAAUACAGCCGCGUGACUCUUCACACUUCAGAGACCAAUGGGACGGCUGUGGAGAUGUGUUACGUCUCUAGUGAUGUGGUGAAGCUGGUGACCACAGUGGUUCUUUUCGGCAUAAUCUUUCUGUUUAACCUCUGUAUCCUGGCGGUGACUCUGAGCCGACUCGUGUUCCAGCGGACGCCAGAGGAGAAAGGAACAACUGUGAAUAGUAUCUGUACCAUUUUGGGAAUCACCUGUCUGCUGGGAAUCCCCUGGGGCAUCAUCUUUUUCUCGUUCGGCCAGCUCACCGUGCCGGGCCUCUAUCUGUUCUGUGUCCUCAACUCUCUACAAGGGUUUUUUCUCUUCCUCUGGUUCUCGAUGUUCAGAUGUAAAGCUAAGGUCAGCCAACCUGGCAGUUUCACGCAGAGUUCCCAACAAUGAGCUGAGGACCCAAGUCUAUUGGAAACCAAUUUAAAUCAUUUAUUUUCCUUUCAUGAAUACUUAGACUGCCUUAGCAAUUUAUACAGACCUUAGCUAUGUGUUGUGCCAAUACAACAUUGCCAUGUUGUUCUUCAUUCUGAUUGUUUAAAUGAGAUAUAUAAGGCGUUUUCGGAAUUGUUUGCAUGUGUGGUUUGUUCAUUAUGUGAUCAAACAGGAACCAAUGUAAUUAUCUAGAUUAUUUCUCACUAUUACAUAAGCAUUUCAACAGAAGGUCAACAUGUUGAUGAAUGGUGAACUGUAGCCUAUUCAUUCAGGCCCCAAACUGUCGAUUUUCAUAAAACAAAUCCAGUUUCACCUCUGAUGAAGAUGGAUCGUUAAUGCAUUCAAAAGAGCAAAAACAGUUAGGAUAAAUUAUUUGACUACGAACACCCCACAGUUAAAAUAGAAACAGUGUCUCCUUACAAAGUAGUUCAUUGCUACUUUUGGGAGAUGUAAAUGGGGUAUGACUCUUGUAUUCAAAGAUGGGAUGCUCUCUAGAAAGCAUUGUGUUUGACUGACAUGGGAAGUGCAAGCAUGUAAGUAAGCAUGUUUUUUGUAUGUAGGUUUUAAGUAAUUAUAUGUCAUUUUGAAAAUGUCAGAUAUUGAGUUGAUGUCAUGUCUUAUCUGAGUGAUCAGUAAGCAGUCCUUACUUUUAUUAUUCAAUAAAAAUCAGAAAAGGUAGGUUGUUUUUUUCUUUUCUUGCUUGACUGAAAUAGAUUAUUGUACUUGUUUUAGGUGCCGGUAUUGUUUGUAUAGUUUUAGGAUCUGCACAAUACUUUUGUGAUGGUAUUCUAUAAGAGAAAUAGAGGCUCAAAUAGAGGCUCAAGCAGUAAAACUUCUGACGUCUGUAUUGGCAACAUAUUUAUGUUGGCCAUGAAUAUAUUCUAAAUUAAUUUGUGAAGCUCCAUCUAGUGGGUUGCUUGGCAGAGUGUAAUGUUCAGUUGUAUGGGGUCUGUUGGAAUCAAAGAAUACUUGUACAGUUUUGUCAUUCCUACUUUUCACAGCACUAUCCUUAAAAAAGCCACAAUGUUUCCACUGCAUCUUCUUCUACUGAUAUCUGGACCUCUGGCUAAUAAUUUCUCAAAUUCAGAUAAUACCUUGUAUAUAAACAUUUCAACAGGGGAUAUUUGGAUGAAAAUAAGUUCUCAGAGUUUUAACAUUGUCAUACAAGACAGUGCAAAUGCUUACUUUGCAAGUCAUUGGAUGUCACAUGAAAGCUAUGCUGAAUGCACCAAAAUGAAUCUGACCUCAGAGAACCUAACUGUCAGCAUGAAUGUUCCUAUUUCUGUAGUUACCAACACAACAGAUAAGCUCGUCUUCA